UUAACAUGUUACGUUUAAUUAUUCUUGUACUUUGUUUAGCUGUUCCAGACUUGUGUUAUUCGAAAAAAGAACUGGAGCUGGAGGUUUGUACAGAUUUAAAUCCUGGAUAUAAUGAAAAACCUCAAAAUACUAAAGCGCCUUAUCAAUUUUAUGGAAAACAAUCCAUGAAGUCAGGUGAAAAGAUAACCCUAAGCUUAAGUGGAGAUACAUUUUUAGAUUUCAUUAUACAAGCUCAAAAUUAUCGAAAUGAACCUAUUGGUAGAUUUAAUGUUGUUGAAAGUAAAAAAUCAAAAGCUAUAAAAUGUUCAGCUGAAGAGGACACUUUGAUUAAUAUCGAUUUGUACAAUAAACCUAUGAAGGGUGUUCAAUUUGAAUGGUUAUCUCCUAUCAAUUACAAAGGUACCGUCAACUUUGUGGCAACAGUUUUUAAGGAUCGUCAUACAUUUUGGGUACGCAAAGUAACCCGGAAGGUUACUGUAAUAUAGAUUUUUUUGGAAUGAAUGCCUUUUUUAAAUUUAAGGACUUUUGUAAUUCACAGUUAUGAGCUUUAAUUAUAACAACUUUGAAAUGAUCUCAACUAACUAGUUCAUUUUAGUCAAGUUUCAUUAACCGUUUGUUGUAAAUUUAAGUUUAUUUCUUGAAAUAUUGUUUAAUUAACACAUUUAAAUAUAAAUGUCAACAAAUUUAUUUAAUUGAGU